CUUUAUCCUGUAUACAAUAUGGAAGUUCAUGCCCAGUUGCUAAAGAAAGCAAAUGGUUAUAAGCCGUGGCUAAUAGACGUCCACUUCGAUGUAUGCUCAUUUUUAAAUAAAAAUAACCAUCCAUUUGUAAAGAUAGUUUACGGCAUUUUUAGACCCAGCUCGAAUAUCAAUCACACAUGUCCUUACGUGGGCCCAAUUAUUAUGAAGGAUUUGUAUCUGAAACCGAAUUCGAUACCACUUCCCAUGCCAUCUGGAGAAUAUUGCUUUAUUGUAAAAUGGAAAUUUGAUAAAAAGAUACAAGCCAUAAAUAAAUUUUUCUUUGAAUAUCUCGAAGAUUCCUAA